CAACGAAAACUAUUUAAUUUAAUGGCUACUUGCUUCCAAAAGAAAAUUAGCGAUUAAUUAGAGGUAAUUUAUUUCGUGAUUAAAGUGCUAUUUGUAAGUUAUUAUAUUGGUGAUUUUCCACAACAACUUUGGGACCUUAUUUGCUUGCAAGAAACUCCAUGGAAAACACCGCAACAUAGUGAGGUAAAUUUUCCAUUAAUUUCUUUAUUUUCAUGCUCAUUUUCUGAUUGAUUUAAUAAACUGUAGAACAUGUUAUACAUAAAAUCGUAUGUUGAAAUUUUAUAACGUGUAUCACUUACAUUUUUUAUACCGAGUUGCUGUAAAAGAUAAUAAUAAUAAGUAAAAUUUAAGGUCAGUUAAAGCACAUGAAACUUGCAUUUUUGUGUAUAAUUAUCGUAUAGUAGAUUGUUAUCAGUUGUCUUAAAAUUACGCGCGUUAUUAACAUUGAUAUCAGUUAUUUUCGUUACUAGAUACCCUUACUAAUAAAAUAUUGACUGCCUUCUAAAGUAAUCAACUGUAAAUUUUCAGUGCUUAUCCUAAACUUAUUAGUUAUAUACAUAUUUACAGUUGCUCACGAGUGACCUUGAAGCAUAUGUAAAGUAUUAACAGCUUAGUUAAUGUUAUCACUUAUCAAGCUUUUACAAGUUUAAAUUUGAUUUAAACCUUUUAUUAUAAUUAUGAGCAAAUAAAUUAUUAGGAAUAUAAGAUAUUUCUGUAACAACAUAAUAAUGAUUGUACAGACUUGUUAUAUUUUCAUCUUACUUUUUAUUAACAGAAGAGAAGUAAACAUUGUUAAUAGAGUAAAAAAAAAAAUUAUUGUAUAAUAAUAAGUGUGCAGUGAGUUUUAUGAAAGUGACAAAGUGUUUUAGUGAAAUAGUAGUGUUAUUUGUCUCAUUUCAGUCCUGAAAACUUAUAACAACACAAAGAGUGGUCAGAAAAUGGAAGAAGAACCCUGUCAUAAGAAGCUUAAAUUAGAUGAAUCUGUAGGAAAAUAUGUAAUUAUCACAAAUUAUAUUGACAAAAUACAAAAUUCAUUGAAUAAUCUCAAAGCUAUUGUAAGUGACGACUUAACAAAACCAGUAGAAAUGAUAAACAUGCAUGCUGGCUGUGUUAAACAACGUAAAGACAUAUCCAAAGUUAUAACAAUUUUGAAUGAAAAAUUACCACUAACUGGUUUCCAACAUUUAAAAAGGGUUCGCGGUGAAACAGUCAUAAUUUGUCCAACAGAAUUAAUCAACAGUGUGCCUAUUGAAGAAUAUGUUGAAAAAUUUGUCCCUGAACUAAUGGCUUCUUUUCAAGAUUUUAUUGUUAUACAAGUGCCAAAAUGCCCAUUGAAACUGAAAAGGCAAUAUGCUGAAAUAAAUAGAAUAUGGUCAUGCAAUUUUCACCCUGACACAUAUUUAGAGAAAUUAACCGGUGAUAACUUUUUUUCAGAAAAAGAAGUUAAAGUGCAUCGACUUUAUAUGUCGUUGGCUUUGCAAAUAGCUAUAUGGUAUUACAAAACUAUUGAAUUAGAAGUUUUGACGGAUGAUAUCUUUGCAUCAUUAAAUGUGACUGUUAUUAUCGAUCCUAGCAUUGAUUCUGUUGUGGCUAUUGGAAUAGACAAUAGUAUGAUACAUCCUGUUCAACAUUCCACUAUGAUAGCUAUAGAUAAUGUUGCAAAAACUCAAAAUGGUGGUGCUUGGAACUCUGAAAUAAAAAAAACAGAUGAUUGUGUAGAAAAAGGUUUGUUCGAUUACUUAAAAGUCAAGUUUCCAAAAAUAAACAUAGGUGCAAAGAAGUACUUAAACAAAGAAGAUUUAAUUAAUGAUGAUAGAACACCAUCAGAAGGACCUUAUUUAUGUACAAAUUAUUAUGUUUAUAUGUUAAGAGAACCAUGUCUUAUGUGUGCAAUGGCUCUAGUUCAUGCAAGAGCUAAAAGGGUAUUCUUUUGUUUUGAUAAAACAGAUACAGGAGCAUUGAGGUCUCAACUAAAGCUUCAUACAGUGUCUUCAUUAAACCAUCAUUAUGAAGCAUUUACUUGUUUUUUAUAGUUAUAUUUUUUAACAAAUGUGUUUUAAAAAUUGUAAAUAA